AGCUGGCGUGACGUCAUCGUUGAAAUGGUUAAAUGCAUACUAUGUUGUUGACGAAACACUGUGGCCCGUGUACUGUUUAUCAAGCAAUAGAGGGACUUUUCUCUCUUCAAGCUAAUUUGCCAGUCUGUUAGGAAAAGGGGAUUUGUCCUCCAAAGGCUUGAUGAAUUAUUACACAAACCAUCAUUCUUAUUAGAGACUUGAGUGAGUGCAGAGAAGAAUGGCUUCUACUGAAAGACCCAGAGAUGAUUCUGUUUCUGAUUCCGAUGAGGAGAUGACAAUCUUCCCCCUUACUUUCUGCAGUGAUGAUGAUGAUGAUGAUGAAGAUGCUGAUGAAAGCAACUCAGAUGAAGCUAAUGCUAAUAUAACUGACAGAUCAUCCCACUGUCACAACCAUGAGGACGAUGGCCACCCAGUCCAUCAUGAGAUGGAAGUGGGCAGUCCACCCGCAAAACCCCUCAUGACUCUCAGGCAGAGGCGUCGCUCAAGACUGACCCCCUUGAAUCUGAACCUGUCCCCAAUUCCCACCAUUGACUCACCCAAUAUAAAGCAUUGGAAGCAUGCUAUCUUGAAGGCAAAGAAGUUGAAGGAUCCUUGGGAAGAGUUUAAUAUCUUGGACUUGCCAGUUGAAGAGGUGACUAGGCAUAGGUACAGUGCACUCAGGAAGCAAUGGAUAACAGACACUGUCAAAGUCAGAAUGGAAAAGAAGCCUUUCAAUCGUGGAGCAAUGAGACAGUGCUAUCGACUCAAGAAAAUGUCCACCCUGUCUCUCUCUGGAGACUGGAGGCAUGCUUCAAAUUAUGUCGCCAAGAGGUACAUGGAGGAUGUUGACAGAGAGGUUUACUUUGAGGAUGUUCGUCUACAGAUGGACGCAAAACUCUGGGGAGAGGAGUAUGAUAGACACAAUCCACCUAAGAAGGUUGACAUAUUCCAAAUGUACGUUCUGGAGUUCAAGAACCGUGAAGGCUGCCCUCUUUACCAUCUGGAGCACUUCAUAGAGGGAAAAUACAUCAAAUACAACUCCAACUCGGGCUUCGUAGAGGAGACAUCACGCCUCACACCACAGGCCUUUAGCCACUUCACAUUUGAGCGUUCUGGUCAUCAGCUGAUUGUAGUGGACAUCCAGGGAGUGGGUGACCUGUACACUGACCCUCAGAUACACACUGCUGGAGCAUAUGAUCUUUCUUCUGGUCAUGAGUAUGGUGAUGGUAAUCUGGGCCCGAAAGGCAUGGCUCUUUUCUUUCACUCCCAUGUCUGCAACAGUAUCUGUGAGAGUCUCAACCUCAGCAAGUUUGAUCUGGCAGAGAGUGAGAAGAAGCUGCAGCAGAAGUACAUAGAGUUGAUGAAAGAUGCCACUACUCACACUAAAGGCAAAGAAGAGGUAUGUCUAAGUGCUUCCCCACGUGACCAAAAAAAUUUGCACGAGUUUCUGCGAAAGCGUACUGUAUCUGGCACUUCCAUUGGAUCUGAUGGCGACAGUGACUUGCUGAGUCCCCGCAGCCUAGAGGAUGAGCCGAUGAGUGCUGAUGCUGCAGACAAAGCCCAUCUUGGCAUUCGCUGGAGUAUCAGUAGCUCGCAGAGCGAGUCGUCUCCUCGCAGUAGUGAGCCUCCUAGUGCAUCCGACAGUGGUACCAUGACUAUCGAGGAGGAAAGGUUGGAGUUUUCUCGUGCCGUGAAGCAGCUCUCCAGACCUUCCUGUGUGAUUCAUGAAAUUCAGAGACGCCACACUUGCAAUGGUACCAGGAUGGAUGACUCUGUUUUAGGCCAAGUCCACCACGAACUGGCAAAGUACCAUGAGAUCGGUCGCUUCAGCACCAAUGGUGACACCUUCAACCCAGAGGUGGACUGGCAUGCAGCACUGUUCCAUGAAGAGAUUGCUGCCCAAUGUGGCGUGAUGGAAGCCAUACUCACCAUGGCCAAGAUCUAUCUACAGAUGCCACACGACGUGUUGCAGGAGUGCAAUGUGCAGGAAAAUGAGGACAAUCUAAACCGUGGAGUUGACUACAUGCUGCAGGCAGCAGACGCUGGGGACAGGAGUGCUAUGUUGUACAUGGCCAAGGCUUAUGAAACUGGCAUAGGUUUGGGGACUGAAAGGAGCCGAUGUUUUGUUGAGGCUAUAGAGUUCUACGGAAAGGCUCUGAAAAUGACAGAGAAUGAUGAAAGUGGGUCAUUUGAUUCUGCCAUGGAAGAGCCGCGCCAUCUGAUAUUGGCUAAACAGGCAGAGUUGUACAGACAGGGGGGUCUUAAUUUGGAAAAGGAUCCUCUGAAAUCAGGUGAACUCUAUAAUGAGGCAGCAGAGGCGGCCAUGGAAGCCAUGAAAGGCAGGCUUGCUAACAAGUAUUACGCAUUGGCAGAGGAAGUGUGGGCAGAAUGUGAAGACGUUGAAGAAUAGAUGGUGCUCAAUUACAAGAUGGGACAAACUCACCUGGGUUAAGUUUUUCAUAAAGGUGAUAACUCUCUGCAGGAUCAUGUUCUUUUUAUUUUUGAUCUUAUUUUUUAAAUACUUUUACUGUUAGGUUAGAACUUCAGUACAAUGGUUAUGGUUUAAAAAUUCAUUUUAAAGAGAAAUGUAAGAUUGUCCCUUAAUUUUAGAUUUAUUUUAUUUUUUAAACAGAACUGGUAUAUUUUAAGUUUUCAAAUUUAAGCAAGCAAUAUUUAAAAUUAGCACGAUUAAUAAAAAAGGACAAGAUCGACAAUUUUACUUAAAUUUAACCAUAAAAAUUCACCUUUGAAUACUGAAAUGAAUUUUUUUAAUUCCAAACAAAAAAAGGAAAAAGAUAAUAUUAAAGAUCUUCAGAAAGUGGCUUCCUCCUAAAGGUUAUUCAGUGCUUCAUGAUUUGAUGUAUUGCUUUAUUAUUGCACUUUUUUUAAUGUGAGUGAGAUUAUGUUGAUAAUAUUUCAGGGGAAAUGCUUUUAAUCAUUUAUGAUUUCAAUUGUGGCACAUCUGAAGCCGUUUUUUUAUUUCAUUGUGAUAAUGUGCAGCAUUGCUGAUGUGGUGAUUUUGAAUGAUCUAAUAAGGCUUGUGGACAUUUUGAGGUGUGGAAAACAAGCACAUGAUUGCAAAUGAAAGAUAUAUCCCUAUGGGAGUUGGAAGUUGCAACAUCUUUAGUGUAUCUACUAAGCUGUAAUGAGCACAUGUUACCUUUGUAUUGAAGAUAUUCAACAAAUACAUUGAUAAUCUCUUGUAUUCUGUAAAAAAAAAAAAAAAAAUACAACAAAGGGCAGUCCUGCUGUGUACAAAAUACCUCAAAAUUGCGAUCUGGUCAGUUGUACUUCACCUGAUAUGAAAUGGAAAUAUCACAAGUGAAAACAGUUUUUAUUUACUCUGGCUGGAUAAAAAGCAUGUCUAGUCUUGGAAAGUUGUUUUAGAUUUACAAUGUCAUGUGACAUUAAUAUAUAUUUUAGAAACUUGUAUGAAUACGUCUGAUGUUUUUAUGUUCACUGAAAGUAAAAGUGAGAAUUUGGUUAAUUUUGUAAAUAAGUCAUUCAGAAAAAUUUGUCAGACAAGUUUUAAGUGAUUUUAUGUACUGUGUACAGGUUGUGACCCAAUGGAUGACUUGGGUAUUCAUCAUCACCUUUGGUAUUUGAUCAUUUGUGUGCAUUCAGACCAAUUUUAAAUGAAAACUUUAAGCGUAAAACACAUCCACGAGUGACUUAAUUAAUCCUCCAUUGAUCCUGAUAUUGAAGACAUCUCUUCUUAUUUGCAAAACGGCCUGGAGAUAAUCUGACAAAAUACAGCAAGGUAUGGGGGAUUGAAAGCAGUGCCACUGGGCUUACUGUUUGUAAAUCUCUGGCUAUUAGUAACUGAAUUUCUUUGGAACAGGUUUUAGUUGAAAUUGAUCUGAAUGCACUUGAAGUUUUAUCUUGAUCUCUUUCCACUAUUGUUACGAUCUGUAACUUUCAGCUCAAGUCUUUGCCUGUACAUAUUUAUAACAUGUAAAAGCACAUUGGGACUGUAAAUUACUGCAAUACGUUGUCAAAAAGCACACUUUAUCUGUUUUAAGUGUAGAUGUUCUUAUUUUACUCCAUUUAUUUUAUGCAGACAUUCACUAUGCUAUUUGACAAGAAUUAUAGGUUAUAGGUUCUUGUAAACAUUUAUGCAUCUGCCUUUGGUAGACUUCUUUAUUGGACAAAACCCAUGUUUAUUUUAUAUUAUACAAAAAAGCAUUCAAAUAUGACUGAUAAAUUAUUUUGGUCAAUAGCUGAGAGUUAGCUUGCUUUUCUGAUAGUGCCAUUAGAGUGGUGAUUUUUUAGUCAGUUUUAAUAGAAAAAUUAUGCAUAAUUUUUAUCGUCUCGAGCAUUCCUCGUGUUUUUAUUGGUGUGAUGUCUGACUACUCACUGCCAAUUAAUGUUCUUGUAUAUAAAUACCCAUGUGAAAUAUUGGUGUCGAAUCAUUGAAGCGGGUCCUAAGCAAAACCAUCCUUUUAUGUGGUUCUUUCCUAUUCAAAUAUGCAGUUACAUGUAUUAAUGUUAAUGAAAAACAUUUUAUUGAAAGCUUGAGAAAUGUUUUGGUUAUCAUUUGUAAAAACUUCCAAUAAAGUUUUAAUAAGGCACAUGUUACAAAGGAUAAUAACCAAGUCAUGACACAUGGGGAGUUGUGAUAUAUGGUGUAACACUCGCUUUCCCAGGCCAGUAAUGACGCUGUGUUAAGGUGGUCACCUUCUAAGCACGAUUCAGUGCAUCUGGCAAACAUGGUUUUGCAGCCAGUUUUAGUGGAAAGUUCUUCUAGUAUGACUUUUUGUAGUUACUGGAACGUUCUACAAUUUUCCAUACUGUGAAUAAAAUGUGGAAAAAGAAA